AUGUUGAACGAUCCUUACCGACCCGGUGUCGUGAGCGAGCCUUGGGGACCACUCAUCUCACCCGAUUACACAGAAGACGAGUUCACCAAUCUCGAUGUCCUUGUCGCUUCCAUUCCAUGGGCCCUCACGUUGGCAAACGUUAUACUCGCUUUGUGGCAGAUCUACCAUCAAACCAAACUGGCGAAAACUCCGAUUCGAAGUCCUUAUUUAUGGAUGGCCUGGUUGGAGCUGGGGGCUUGUUUUGCGUUGGGUCUUGUUGGCUACCUGCAUGUGCUGAAACACAUUCCAGCGAUGGCCUGCUGGAGCUUCCAGGUCAUGCUUCUUUUCCAGAUUAUCGUCAAUCGCAUCAGAGUUAUUGAUGUUAACCGCAAGCACGGCGAAAACAUUUUUAUCGCAGUAACUGUCUAUAUCACAGUAGUGAUCAUCAGCGGCUUCAUUAUUUGGAUCCCAGCCCGGAUGCAAAUUAGCCACUAUUGGGAGUUCAUCUCAGCGGCUUGGGAUCGCACUGAGAAGUGUCUGUUCCUCAUUAUCGAUUUGGCGCUCAACUGGUACUUCUUGAGAAUGGUGAAGAACAAUUUGAUCCGCAACGGUCUCACAAAGUACAACAAAAUCGUUCAAUUCAACCAGCGCAUCAUCGUUCUGUCGAUCCUAAUGGAUGUCAUGCUUAUCGCCGCUACCGCUAUUCCCAAAGCCUUCGUCUACGUCCAAUUCCACUCGCUGUGCUACCUCGUUAAGCUCAACAUCGAAAUGGCCAUGGCCAACCUGAUCAGACGCAUUGCCAUCUCAAACUUCAACCGAACCGGUGCAGUACACGAGUUCAAGGAUCCGUCUACGUAUGCAUCGGAAUCUUAUCACAACACCUUCGUCUCCAAUCGCGGCAGUGUCCAGCUCGGCAGCGUCGGCAACAUCAAGGCAACGACACACUACACCGUGACAUCCGAGGCCAACCCAUUCCCAAACAGGGGGCGUCAACCUUCGCGUGUCGAGGUGGAUAUCUCCAAGGGGAACACGGACAGCUAUAAUGGGACGAACCGACCGGUGAUUGUCAUUGAGGAGCCGGAGACGAAGAGCUUGGACGGCACGACAGAGGUCGCAGAGAGUUAUCACACUGACGAUGAGACUGUGCUCGUAGAGAAGCGGGGCCAUUGGUGA